AUGGCUCCUCCGAUCCCAGUUCUAUUCAGAUCCGAUAUACAAUCGAAGUACUCCAAACAGCUAUCAGAUCCAGAGAAAUACGACUGUCAGCUCAAGUCGCUCACACAGCACCAAUGUACAUUCAAGGUAACUCCCGACAGAUCACGUCCUCCUGAAAUUAUCUGUUUGCCGUUUAAACGAAUCUUCCAGAGUUGUCUAGUACCAACUGUAGUUAAGGAAAAUGGAAAGAAGAAGACAAUAAACAGGAGAGUUAACAUAGAAAUCACCGACAAAUCUACGAAUAGCGAGUUGAUGGAUGAAAACUCGGAACAGGCGAAUGUGGUACAGGAUUUCCUCAAUGCAGAGAAGGAGUUCCGUAAACUCAUGGAAAUGGAAAGCGAAGGAAACAUAUGA